AUGAAUAGGAAGAGUAAAAAUAUCUUGCAAGUGGUGCUAGUUGCAAUAAUAUUAGCAACAGUAUUGGGAGUAACACAUUAUUUAUACAGAAGAGUGAAAAAUAGAAAGAUUAAAAAACCAUCAUUAAAUCCACCACAAGAUACCGGAUCAAAAAGUGGCACAAUUACACCUGAAUCACCACUAUACAAAUUCGACUUGCCAAAAUCAAUGAUCAAGUAUCAGAAUAUUCCCACUCUAGAAGAAAUAGUAGGAUUGUUUAAAAGCGACCCUGAUUUGAAACAGAAAUACGAUGACACCGUUAAUUUCAUAAGAAGCUCAGUAAUACCCUACCAAAUAGGACAAGGAAGUAAUGCGUUUAAGUCGAUAGACGUAAUGGGACUCCCAAUCAAUUUUAUCAACAAUGAAAUCGCCUUUUUCGACUAUAAAAAUGUCAAAUUGGUGUUCAAACUGCUGAAACCAUCAACCAAUCUCGCCUACUCACCAAAAAGCACUGUCUUUGAUCCAAUUGAAAAGUUGGCCAGCAACAACCUGAUGAGAACAACCGAUUGGAUAAGGGCUGAUUUCGUGCACGGUAAAAAGCCCCAGAAGAAUUACGUAGGGUGGGUUGUGAUAUCCGAAUACCUGCCAAUCACAGGCAACUUGCGUAAUAGCAAGGAUACAUUUGAGUUGACUGAUAAAAGUGGUAAAGUUGAUUACCCUAAGAAAGAGAUUCUCAUGCGAAUAUUCAGCAGGGAUGUUCUGGCUGGAUUCAAGGCGUUACACGAUGCAGGAAUGGCACACAUCGACUUCAAGCCUGCGAAUGUCCAAGGAUGCAUCCAAAACGGGAAGCUUCUCUUCAAACUCAUUGACCUGGACACAGUCACCAGAAUACCGGACGAUAAGCCAGGAUCAGUUGGAUUUGUAAUCAAACACUUCUUCACAAUGGGAUUCCGCCUAUACAACGAGUGGAAAAAUGGGAGAGUUGGCCGCUUCUCUGACAUCUUUGGCCUUGGUGUCUCACUGAUGUACGCAGGUGCCAUCAACAAGUCAGAUGAGUGCUACAGGAGGGCGAAUGGGUGUAGACAGAGCAGCUUCAGACGCGACUUCUUCAGAGAGUACAGCUUCAACACAAACUUCUCCUACGAAUUGCGUGACUUCGUGGCUCUCUGCGUAGUCAGCGACAAAGAGAAGCGAAUCAAGAUCGACGAGCUUCUUGGCCACCCGUUCAUCACGGGCGAUCCACUCACCAUCGAUGCCGCAAGAAGAUCCGCCCUGUCUGGGCUAGUUUCGAGUCUCAAUUCGUGA